AUGGAUUUCCCUCUAGAUCCAGUACCAGGUAUGGCAGUUUAUGAAGGUGCCGGCGAGAACUUCGAUCCAUUGUAUCUGAAUAGGGGAGAUGUGGUGCAGCUCGUGGAUGCGGAAGCAUCAGCUGUGGUUGCGGAUGUAGUGGCUCCAGCAGAGUCCGCGCUUGGUCUGAAAAGGGGAGCUUCUGAACUUGGAGAUGACGCAGAGUCGGCAGGAGGUUCUGAUGGGACCGUGAAGGAAGAAUCCACUCAAUCCGUGGUGAAGCCAGACCCGAAAGCGCCAGGAUGGUCUAAAAGGCUUAGGGUUGGCAAAGCACCAGCUGAGAGGACACCCUGCGCUAGCAGAAUGGGUGCGCUGGAACAGUCUGUGAGGCAAUUCGCUGAGAACCCGUCAGAAAAUGUGAUAAAGGUGGAUUUAGGGAUGAGUUUUGACUCCCUGAAUGAAGCCUACGAUUUCUACAAUCUGUAUUCGUGGGAGAAUGGCUUCGGUAUCAGAUAUGGGAAGAGUCGCCUUAAUGUCGAGAGGGUGAAGUGUAUGCAAGAGAUUGUAUGUGGAUGCUCGGGGAAGCCUGAGAAGGAGCACACCAGGUCGUGCAGGUGUGAGUGCCCAGCUCUCGUGCGUUUGCUUCGAACGGCUGAUAGUGGGUGGUUCAUUGCAGAGCACCGGGUAUCUCACAACCACUCUUUAUCUUUAACGUGUGGAGAGAAAGUACACUGGCCAUCGCACAAACACAUCGAUGUGUACACAAAGAAUCUAGUUAAGCAACUAAGGGAGAAUAACAUAGACAUUGGCAAGGUUUAUGCAAUAGUAGGAAGUUUCUUUGGUAGCAUGGAGAAUGUUCCUUUCACGAAGAAAGCUCUGAAGACACUAUGUGGUAGGAUUAGUCGUGAUCAGGCGGAUGAUGACAUACAGAAAACCAUGAAAGUUUUCUCUGAGAUAGCUCUGAAGGAUCCUGACUUCACAUUCCGAGUGCAAACAGACAGUGAGAGUCGAAUAAAAAAUCUAAUGUGGGCGACAGGAGGUGGGCGGGCGCAGUAUAAAUAUUUUGGGGACGUCCUGACAUUUGACACUACCUACAAAACUAAUUUGUAUGAUAUGCCAUUUGGUCUGUUUGUUGGAGUAAAUAACCACUUCCAGAGUAUUAUAUUGGCUGGUGUGAUGGUUCGUGAUGAGCAGGUGGAGAGCUUUGAGUGGGUGUUUAGAGAGUUUGUAGACAUGAUGGGAGGGCAUGCGCCGCGCACUAUUUUGACAGAUCAAUGCAGAGCGAUGGAACUGGCGAUUAGUAAAGUACUGCCAAACACAGCACACAGGUGGUGUAAAUGGCAUGUGCUGAAGAAGGCGAAGGAGUGCCUUGGUCCGCUGUACACGAAGAGGAGUGAAUUCAGGCCAGAAUUCCACAAGGUGGUAAACCAUAUGAUCACAGCUGAGGAGUUUGAGUGUGCUUGGCAGAAGUUGGUUGAGAAGUACAACCUUAGGAACCAUCCGUACAUGACUCAACUGUUUGAGAUCAGGGAGAAAUGGGCUAGCCCAUAUUUCAGAGGAAUUUUCUGCGCUAAGAUGACUAGCACGCAACGAAGUGAGAGCGCGAACCAUGUGCUGAAGACAUAUGUUCCCCCGUCAUGCCCAAUGCACAUGUUUGUGAGGCAUUACAUGAGGAUGCAGUUUGACAGAGAUUCGGCAGAGUGUGCAGAGGAGAAAAGGACACGACUGGCACGGCCGCUGUUGCGAGUAAAUAGAGCUUUCGAGAGACAUGCAAGCAAAAUCUACACCAGGGCAAUGUUUGAGAAAUUUGGCGAGAUCCUAUACGAGGCAGGGUACUAUGAAGUUGAGGUGGUAGAUAAUGGCAAGGUCUAUAUUGCGAAGAAUAUUCAGGCUGACAAAAGGGAGCUGUGGAUGAAAGUGCGAUUCAAAGUAACUGUGGCGGAAAACCGAGAAGCAUUCGAGUGUGAAUGUGGACAAUUUGAACACAUGGGCCUGUUGUGCUGCCAUAUACUAAAGGUCAUGGAUCACUUGGACGCGAAGGAAAUUCCGGAGCGGCACAUAGUUAAGAGAUGGACAAGGGAUGCAAGGGAUGUACUGCCGGAUCACCUUGCACAUUACCAGCGGGACCAGCUCUCGAAGGGAGCGUUCACGUUCCGUCAUUCUAACCUAUACAUGCAGGCGAUGCAGAUUGUGAGGAUGGGUGACACCAAUGUGGAAGCUUAUGAAAAGUUGACCCAGCUGUUUAAGGAUGUGGUUGUAGCAAUGCAACCAUACACGGAAAAACCGGACGGGAUGGGUCUGGAAGAGCAGUUGAAGGGUAAUGAAAAGCAAGGGCAGGCGCUGUCAUUGCUUUCAGUCCUAAGAGUUGAGCAAUCAUUUUUCAGAGGUGAGCAUGCAGCUGAUGGAGCAAUGAAACUGGGAAGUGGUUUCCAGAAAAUUCAAUGUGGUGGAACUGUGUGUGCAGCUUACCAGGAGUGGUUGGACACAUGUCCAACAGUUUGGACAGGUGGGAGCGAUAAGAGGGGACCUGCUCGUAGCGUUUCUGUUCAUGGAGAUAAAGAAGAAAGUCCGUUCCCGGGUGGCAGUAAGGUGGCUGAUGUGGAUGUACCUGACUUGAAAGGGAAAAGUGCAGUGGCUGGAGUGAUGGUUGCUUGUAAGGAGAAACCUGAUUUGGCCGAGGGUUUCGGUGAGCACGACCCGCUUGCUGAUUCUACAGAUGAAGAAGAGUGGCUGGAGUUUGAAGAAGGAGACGAAUCUGGUGUGUUUGACAGUGGCUGCAACUGCGAUGAGGAAGAUGAUGUCACCAGCCCACCGGAGAAGAAGCUCCGCGUUGAGUAG